AAAACAGAGCACCAAUAAACUGAACUCUCAAGAUUGUUUUAGUCUUCGACGGGAGUUGGUUUAGACAAUUAGUUCUCUUAAAACCCAAAAAAACAAAUCAUCAUCAUGAGCUACUCGUGGGAUCAGCGUGUCGAAUUCAUCGUUCGUCAUAUGUACGAUAUUGACAACAAUGGCUUCCUGGAUAACAAUGACUUCCAGUGCAUGGCUCUGCGCGCCACUGUCGUCGAAGGCAAGGGCACCAUCAACCCAGCCCGCCUGACUGAAUACAAGACCAUUAUGAAGGCUCUGUGGGACGAAAUCUCUGCCCUUGCCGAUUUCGAUAAGGACGGUAAAAUCACCACCGAUGAAUUCAAGGCCGCCGUCAAGCAGACCUGCGUUGGCAAGGCUUACGCCGAUUUCCCCAAGGCCAUGAAGGCUUUCAUCGAUGCUCACUACCAGAUGAUGGACAUCAACAACGACGGUCUGGUCAGCAUAGAAGAGUACCGUUACAACUGCAUCACCAGAAUCGCCGUUGAUGACAUCAAGACCAUCGAUGAAUCCUACAACCAGCUCGUCAGUGAUGAAGACAACAAGCGCGGUGGAAUCACCCUGCAGCGGUACCAGGAACUGUACGCUCAGUUCAUGGGUAACGAGAGCGACAAGUGCUCCGCCAUCUUCCUGUACGGCCCAAUCCCAGAAUAAGCUGUAUAUACCAACAUUCGAAGAUUCACCAACCAAUCUAAUGUUAGACAACAAAAUCUAAAAUGAUCAAAAAACAACAAAAAAAAAUAACAUCACCAACAACCAUCAAACACCAUAUUGGCGCUUUUGCCCGGGCCAAGCAAACCCAAACGCUGCCAUCAGUUGUGGUUUCAAUCCAGGGGCAAAAGCUGACCAACACAUUGAAGAAGAAGAUAUGAUGCUAAAAGUGUGAAAGAGGAAAAGAUCUAAAUCAACUUCUUAAUCAGAGAACAUCCUGAUUCGAAUACUAAAACAUCCCAAACUGACUAAACAACCACAUACAUCCAAACGUAACAAAAGUCUUUGUUUAUUGUAUGGAAAAUUUAAUAAAAAAGACCAAAAACUACCAAAAACA